CGUUGGAGGCGUACGAAUCAUGGCGGCUCACUUCGAGUCGAGGCGUUUCUUCAUUUCUUCUUGUUUAAUGUCGAUUAAACACAGAUGAUGUAUACCAUGGAUAAGGUAGAGAAAAUGCUGUCAUCAGCUGAGGAAGAAGAGAAGGAAGAGGUGGAAGAAGUGGAGGAGGAAGAAUCAGCAGUAGAUGAUGAUGAAGAAGAGGAAGACGGAGUUGACGACGAAGAGGAAAGUGGAGAUGAUACGGAAAAGGACGAGGAGGCGAUGAAUCCGGACGGAGAUGAAACUGAGAAAAAGCCUUCACCGCCUGCUCAACCUAAAGACAAAAAGCAGCCUGAUGUCCUGAACCUCAACAACGAGGUGGUGAAGAUGAGGAAAGAAGUGAAGAGGGUGAGGGCUCUGAUCAGCAGGAAGCUGACACGUCAGAUCGCCGCCCUGAAGAAGAAGAAGGGCAAAGAGAUGGAGAUUGAGAGGAAUCAGAGGAGAGCUGCCAGACUGCUCGAGGAGUUCCGAGCCAUGAAGACUCUCUCACCAGACCUGGUGACCAAAACCGCCUUGCAGAAGACUCUCAACUUCGAACAGGUGUGUAAAGACCCCAAGUCUUCUAUCUCUGACCGGGCCGUAGCACGCAUCACCACUCACCCCCAGUUCAACAAGAAGAUCGAAGGCAUCAAGGCUGCCGUGAAAGCCUUCAAAGAGGAGAGGAUGAAGGAUAUAGAGCAGGGAGAUAGAAAGGGAAAGGUGCAAAAUCAAGCUGUAAAACUGCCUCUGGAGUCACCAGACAGGCGAGGAAGAAAGGGAGAGGAAGAGGAUGAUAGCGCAGUGGAGCAGAAGGAAAUGGCGAACAUUCAGGAAGGCGACAGCCCUCUGAAAAACACAAAAGAGGCAACUGUUGCUAAACCUGAAAAAGUCACGGUGAAAGUAACUCCUCCAGCUGAUACAGGUAAUGAUCAAAAGAAAAAGGUGUUAAAGACUAAGAGUGAGGGACCAGCAUCAGCAAAAACUAUUCCAGUAAAGGACGUCGUGAAAACUAGACCACAAAGUCAAGCUGCGGAGAAGAAACCCGAUCCUAAACCUGAGGUGCUUCGGACAGAGAAAGACGAGGAAGAGAGCGAUUUAGAGGAGUCUGAAGAUGAGGAGAAAGAAUACUUCGACGACAGCACAGAGGAACGUUUCCACAAGCAGUCGUCCCAGUCAGAGCAGAGCGACGACGACGACUUCUUCGUGGGAAAGGUGAGCAAAUUCAAGAAGAAGAAGAAAAGUGAAGAAGGGGAGGAGAAGAAGCAGGAAGGGAAAACUUCAACAGACAAACUGAAAGCUUCAGACGAGAUCCAGAGUGAACUGGAUGAGCUGGAGUCCAGGCUGAAGUCUAAAGCCACCGCGUGUAAGACUGUUUUCUGUUCCAACCUGUCUGGAUCUAAACCCGGAAGAGGUGGAGGUGCAGGCAGAGGUGGGAAUAAAUUUAGGGGCCAAGGUAGACAGAAUCCUGAAGGUAGUGCAAGUAGAGAUUUUAGCAAAGAAACCAAGUUCCAAAAGCAGGAGAAAGGUACAGCGGGAAGUUUAGGAUCAAAAUACACCAAACCCUUCCCUGAAGGCGGACGCAAGCCGGAGGAGAGGGACUUCGCAGGCAGAGGGAGGGGUCGAGGACGAGGACGAGGCCGAGGCGACGGUGCAAGGCAAAAUGAUCGUAGGGGUGGAGGUGUGUUUUCACAACAGGCACCGCCUCAACAGGCUCUGCAUCCAUCCUGGGAGGCCAGUAAGAAAAGAAAGGAGCAGCAAGGACAAAUUAUGGCCUUUCAAGGGAAGAAGAUCAAGUUUGAUGAUGAUGACUGAAACUGUUCUAAUGACAUGUACAUACAUAUGGUUGAGUGACUUAAAGCUUGUGCCAGUGUGUUGCAGGGAGUAAAGCAACUAAGACAGGACAACAACCUGAGAUUUUUAUAUGAAACAUUAAUAGAAAAAUUCCAAAUUUAAUUAAAGUCUAAACUCUAGAAACAUGGUGGAGGUUUCUGGCACAACUGCAUCUACCUCCAAGGUGCAUGGAGAAGGAAAAGAGUCUGAAGAAAGUCAAAGCUUUGACUUUCUUUAUAUUCUAAACUGUGAAAUGCUUCAAGCCAUGUACAUUUUUCGUGGUAUAAGUGUAUGAGGUUACCACAAUUUAAGAAACAAGUAUUUUUGGGUGUGUUAAAGUGAUAUUGAAAUGUUGUAAGUGUGGAUUUGGAAGCAAUAUAGUUAGAUUUGUUUAAUGUUUUAACCUGUUCACAGUUCUGCUACCUGUCUUAAUCCAACUAUUCUUCUCAUUUUUCUGAUGUUAAUUAGAGCUGUAUUAAUGUGUACAUUCUAUAUAAUUCAUGCACAAUGAUACAGGUGACUUUUCCUUGUUGUUGAUCUCAUCUCAUUAUUAGUCAAUUAAAUUAUAUAAAAUGUAUAUAGUAA